AUGGCGUCCUCAGACCUGGAAGAUUUAUGCUUUCACAUCAACAUGAAGAUUUCGACUAUUAAAAAGACCCUGCAAUUAAGAAACAUAGGUCAAGAACCAUCCCUCAAGUCUAUGCUCUGUAAAAUAGGGCAUGAGAUGGUUCUCUUGCGUGAUCUCCUGAAUAAAAUGGAAACUGAAGUUCAACAGCAAGAAAAACUGAAGAAUUUGCUAAAAGAGCUCCAGAAGUCUGCUGAGAGGGAUCAAAAUGAAGCACAGCACCUCCGUGAAAACAUUCCUCCCCAUCUGCCUAAACCAACUCAGAGCUGCAUCACUGGGCUAACUGUGAAAUGUGAAGAACAAACAAAAGCUGUAGAACCUGAACGUGCAAAGAAACCUACAAAAGAGAUAAGACUUAUUAAAGAAGCACCCCUAAUAACUGCAGAAGAAUUUGAAAGUGUUCCUGCGUAUAUGAAAGGUCGUCUAACAUAUGAUCAGAUUAAUGCAGUUGUUCAAGAGAUGAACAAGGCUGUGGUAGGCAAGUACAAGAUCUUGCAUCAGCCUUUGAAAUCUAUGAAUGCAGCAGUCAGAAAUCUCUACCACAGGUUCCUGGAAGAAGAAACUAAGGAUACAAAAGGUGAAUUUUUUAUUGUGGAGGCUGACAUCAAAGAGUUCACCCAGCUGAAAGUGGAUAAGCGCUUCCAUAGGAUCCUCAAUAUCCUGCGCCAUUGCCAGAGAGUGAGAGAAGUUCGUGGCUCAAGACUUGUCCGCUACGUCAUCUGCUAG